UCAAAUCAAAUUCCAACUGAUAUCAAAAAUGGAGAAAACGAUGAUGUUUUCAUUCUUCCUUGUUGCACUACUCUCAACAAACUUCUUCACAGGUUCUUCUGAGCCAGUGCUCGACACGGAGGGCCAUCCAGUUCGACCCGGCGUCAAGUACUACAUACUUCCACCUUACCCCGGCGCAGGUUCCGGCCUCACUUUAGCACCCAACAAAGGCAAAUGUCCCUAUGAAAUCGUUCAAAUUCUGAGCGAACCAGCCAAUGGCCUUCCGGUUACCUUUUCCUCUGCCAAUGCACACGACAAAACUAUCCAACUCAACACUGAUUUGAAUAUAAAAUUCACUGAUUUCAAGCACACGACGCCAUGCCACGAAUCCAAGGUCUGGAAAUUCGACGCCAGCAAGCAACAAUUCGUGACAGUUGGUGGAGUUGAAGGGAAACCUGGGCCUGAAACUUUGCCCAACUGGUUCAAGAUUCAGAAGGAACAUAAAGACUAUAAGAUUCAGUACUGUCCGACUGUUUGCAAAAAGUGCAGGGUUAUCUGUGGAGACGUUGGUCCGGUAAUCUACAAUAACAAAAAACAUUUGGCUGUAAAAGAAUCCCCUCUCAGCGUUAUCUUCAAGAAGGCAUAGAAAAUUUAAUACUAUAUAGCAAAAAACUAUGUAAUGAGAGGAGCUUUUUUCUUUAGUAUAUGCAUGCACAUGUAAUCUUUAUGAAGUAAUGGAAUAAAGGAGCUUUAAUCCA